AUGUCUCCGCACGACCCCAGCAAGCAGAAUGCUGUCGACAUGAACAGAGCACGCGAGGCGACUUCUAUUGACGUAGCUUCCGUUCGCGACUUCAUCCACGGCGGCGCAGCACUAUGGCGCAGACACCAAAAGACCGUCCAAACCUUGGAGAAUGACCCUCUUUUCGACAAGUCUAGAAGACCCUUCUUAACACGCAAAGAGCAAUAUAUUCGUGGUCAAGCAAUGACGCGGCGUCUUUUGGAGCUUCAAGACAUCCAUCAAUGGUCUGCAGAAGACUUAUCCGUCGCUUUCGCAUAUCUGGAUGAUGGACUGCCCAUUGGUUUACACAACAUUGCCUUCGAACCCAUCUUUCGUCUUCAAGCCUCGCCAGAACUUUCCGCCAAAUAUAGUGUGCUUAUAGCUAACAAAGGAAUCCAUGGGUGUUAUCUACAGACCGAGCUUGCGCACGGCAGCAAUGUCGGGCGGCUCGAAACUACCGCGACAUACCUUCCCGACACACGCGAGUUUGACAUCCAUUCCCCAACUCUGACCAGCACAAAAUGGUGGAUUGGAGCUUUGGGAAAGACAGCAACGCAUGGAGUAGUUCAAGCGAAACUUAUUCUACCAGGAGGCAAAGAUAUGGGUCCUCACUUGUUCUUCGUUCAACUCCGAGACCUUGACACGCACAAGGUUCUUCCUGGUCUCACGAUUGGAGAUAUUGGUCCAAAGGCUUUGGGCGGUUUCGCUGCUACCGACAAUGGCUUUGCGCGUUUCGACCACGUCAGGAUACCCAAGGGGAAUAUGCUGUCCAAGUUUGCCGGAGUCACGGAUAGCGGCGAGUAUGUUACUCCCCCGCAUGCGAAAUUAAGUUAUGGCGGGAUGUUAUAUAUCCGUUCUGGCAGAAUGGUUACCACAGCAGGAUGGGCUAUCGGUCGUGCUGUGACCAUUGCGGUUCGUUAUGCAACAGUCCGACGUCAAGGUGAAAUUGGUAGGGACAAACUCGAACGUCAAGUCAUAACAUAUCCCUCUCUCAACGUCCGUCUUGUACCCAUUGUCGCUCGAGCAUACGUAUUCAUCGAGCUGGGCCGAUUCCUCCAACGCGGAUUUGACUCUCUUGCCAAGGGCCUGUCCUCUGGGGACAUGUCGCAACUUGCAGAAAUGCACAUGAUGACCUCUGGCUUGAAGAUUCUGGUGACGACAAGUUCCAUUCAAGAUAUCGAGACAGCACGUCGUUCAAUGGGCGGACAUGGUUAUAGCGGGUUCUCUGGGGUCGGCAAACUAUAUGCAGACUAUCUGCCAGCAGCGACGUAUGAAGGUGAAAACUUCGUCUUGGAUGGCCAAGUCAUUCGAGCAGCGCUUAAAUCGUUCCGCAACAUCACCGCAUCUUCGACUCCCCCUAAAUUCUCCCCGACAUCAGCCUAUCUUCGCCUUCUCGUCGAAAAGGACGUCUUACCACCAGAGCUGUCGCCUGCCUCUUGGAGGAAUGUCACCAUUCCGAUACUCCUACUCGAAUGGCGAGCGGCUCUGCUUGUUCACGAGGCUGCUCAAACCAUUGGCCAGCCUGACUCAACGCUAACCCACCGUGUCUCCCGUGCGGUCACCGAAGCCUUUGUCGCCGGACAAGUGGGCCAGAUGAUCGCCGCCCUUGGCAGCACUGCUCUCAAGCCACACGAAGCAGAAGUCGUAAGCAAGAUCUACCUUCUGUACCUCCUCACGACCGUCGAAUCCGCCCUUGUUGACCUGCUUUCCUACGGCCUCUUCCGCGCUGUUCCAUCAGGCAAGUCGCGAGACCCCACGCGAGAGCUGCGUGUCGCAAUUGGGGCAUUAUGCAGCGAGACACUGCUGCCGGAGGUGAUCGGCUUGACGGACUCGUUUGGGUUCUCGGACUGGGAGCUAGAUAGUGCGUUGGGUGUGUUUGACGGGCGAGCGUACGAGGCGAUGUGGAAACGGGCACAGGAUGAACCGUUGAAUCAGACUGAGGUCACUGAAGCCUAUGCCGAGUCGAUUAAACCCAUUCUGCUUCGUGGACAGAGGUUGGCCUCGAAAUCGAAGCUUUGA